AUGGCAACAUCAUCAGAUCCCCUUGACAGAGCACAAGACAUAAAACGCUGUCAACUUUGCCCCGGAAAAGACAGAAAGUCUGCUGCAGAAACUGUGUGUAACACUUGUCAUGUCGAUCUCUGUAAGAACUGCGUAGGUCAUCAUAUGAUCUCCAAUCCAACCAUUAGACAUGAUGUUGUUACCUUUGAGUUCAAAAAAUCUGAAAUCAUUCCACCACAAUGCAGUGUCCAUGAUGGAAAACAAUGUGAAAUGUUUUGUGAACAAUGUGAAUCCCCAAUAUGUCAGAAAUGUCUAUCCUCUGGAUCCCAUGAAAAUCACAAUGUACCACGUAUCUCUGUAUUUUACAGCUCUAAACAGGAGCUUAUCAGAAAAGAUCUAAAUGAACUUGAAACUAGUAUUGCACCCGUUUAUGAAUCUGUCCUCACUGAUAUGAAAGAAAUGUUACAAAGCAUUGAACAGAAACAUGAAGAAAGGCAAAGAACCCUUGAUGAUAUUGGUAAAACAUGGCACAAUUUAGUAGACAAAGUUAUUAAAAGAUAUAAGAGUGAUGCAACAAAAAAGGAAAAAAAGGAUGUUAAAGAAAUUAAGACUCUGGAAUCAGAUUUCCUAAAAUGCUUCUUAUCAAUUCAAUCAAAAAUAGAUGAAAACAAAUUCAUCCUUGCCUCGAAUGAUCUAUCUCAACUUGCUAAUUACACUACAGAAAAUGAAAAGUUCAGAACUAUUCCUUCAAGAUUUAAACUAAAAGUGCAAGACUUCAGUCCCAAAAAACUUACAGAGCAAGCAUUGUGUAAGGUAAUUGGUGACAUUCCAAAAACAGUGAAAACUUGCAUUCAAGGACAGGUCCUACAAGAUCCCAAAUCCAAUUCCAGUUCAGGAAAAGCUGUAAAGAAGUUUCUUGAUUUGCCACUUACAGUGGGUGAUAUAAAUACUGAUGAAGAAAUUUGUGGCAUAGUUUGUAUUCCUCACACAGAUCACUUCUGGGUGAAGGACUUUAAUGGAAUCCUAAAACAGAUGAACAAAGAGGGGGAGGUGCUGAGGAAGAUCGAGGAUACUAAUCCAUAUGCUUUGACAGUCACCAGAGAGGGACAUUUAGUGUAUAUUGAAAAGUUGAUAAGAGUUAUCAACAUACUGGAGGGUGAUAAGACAAAAUGUUUCUUCAUAGAAAAUGACUGGAGUCCAGCUGCUAUCUGCAGCACUUAUACAGAUGACCUCUUAGUACUUAUGGAAUCUCCAGAUACAACAAAUGAGCUUUUACUGCAUAGGAAAGUUGUACGUUAUUGUGACAGCAUGUGUCACAUCCUAAUUGCUGACAUUGUUAAUGACGUUAUACACAUCAUUGAUCAGAAUGGACAAUUCCUCCAGUACAUAGACAUCUGUGAAUUAAACAAGCCUUGUGAUCUCAGCAUAGACAGCGAUGACAUAUUUGGAGUGAUAAAUGCUACAAUGCAUCAGGGAUUCUUUAUUGAUGACUUGAGCCAGUAUUUUGUACGAGUCAUAACUUUUUAUGGACUUGGCCUCAAACAGUUAACUUGUUACGCCCGCCUGCUUCUCUCAUCAGCCACUUGUCCAAAUAAAUCUUCAUGGAAAACCUGA